CUGUGUUUACUCACUCGGUUGAUGUUGGUUCACUGUCUUCCAAUUGGUCACAGAACGGAUUUCUGUUUGAGAUACUUAUGGCAAAGAUGCAAUCUCUACAGCAAAAUAUACUUGAAGAGAAGGAACAAUCCAAAGAAAAUACGUGCAACUUGCUUACUAUCGUAACCAAUUUAUCGAAACCCAACAAAACACCUGUUUAUACCGACUGCAAAUAUGCGCCAAGUAAUGCUACUGGACUACAUAUGAUUCAGCCAGAGAAGCCAUUCAAGGAGCCGAUGACAGUGCUGUGCGAUCAAGAAUAUGAUUCCGGAGGGUGGAUUGUGAUCCAACAUCGCUUCGAUGGCUCAACAAACUUCUAUCGCAACUGGAAGGAGUACAAGAACGGGUUCGGUCAACUUGAGGGCGAAUUUUGGUUGGGCCUUGAUCGCAUCCAUCAGCUAACGACCUCCAAGCCCCACGAACUGGUGAUAUUGCUCGAAGACUUCGAUGGCAAUAAGACCUACGCAAAGUACAACCACUUUGAGAUUGGCGGUGAAAGCGAACUAUACACAUUAAAAACAAUUACUGGAUACUCUGGAACUGCCGGAGAUUCUUUGAUUGAUCUUGCUGGAAUGAAAUUUUCUACUCUUGACUCGGACAACGAUACUUUGGGGGGUAGUUGUGCUGUAACAUACAAUGGGGCUUGGUGGUAUUCGGCUUGUCAUAGAAGCAACCUCAAUGGCCGAUAUCUUUGGGGGGAAACAAAAGAAUAUGCUACGGGAAUGGUGUGGUAUUCGCUUCGAGGAUAUUAUUAUUCUCUAAAAUCUUCGAAAAUGAUGAUAAGACCAGUGGCUCAACGGAAAGUGUAACGGUUUUUCGUGCUAAAGUUUUUUUUGUUCUAUGCCAGUUUUAUGAGUUAUUUUUUAACACAAAUAAAAUGAUUAUUCUUCAUUCAUCGCAUAAUAA